AUGACGGCACCGACAGGGCUGGCCGCCUUGGCAAGAUACGAAGACAGCGGAAGCGGCAGCGAUGUGGACACCGACGUCUCAGAUGGCCAACUGCAGGCCUCCAGCCCUCCAACAGGAUCCUCCAAGCUCUCUCGUGCCUUAGAGGCCUUCCGAUGCUUCGAUGCCGGUGCUGAGCUCCAUGGAAGUCAGGUUCUGGGGCUGGCAGAUGAGGCCUCGGAUGUAGAUAUUUUAUCAUCCAAGCCUGUCCAUCAGCUACUGAAGGCUCUGCGCAACGAGAAGUUGCAGGAUUUCGAGCUAUCCGAGUCGGUCAUGGCUGCAAGGAUACCUCGCGUGAUCGUGAGGCACAGAAGAACCGGCCUUCUUCUUGACGUGGUGGAGUCGUGCCGUGACCCUCAUGCACAUGCCAAAGAUGCGCUGGUGCGCAGUUGGCUGGACUUGGGGGCAGAUGUUCGCGAGCUGGCUCUUGACAUCAAGGCUUUUGCCAGGGCAUACCAGAGUCAACUACCCCGGGAACAAGGCUACCCCAACACGUUCCUCCUGCUGCUGUCGGGGUUUUGGUGGCUAGCCACACAUCAUGGGCUUAGACCGGGCGAGAGCCGAGCAGAUUUGAUGGAAGGUCGUUGCAAGGAGUCGAGAUCGGAGUUGUUCCGAGGUUGGCUGGACUUCGUUGCAGCCGAUGGGCCCAGAGUCAUGAACUUGGCUCAGAGCGGUGCUGGCGGGCCAAUUGCUGAGUCCAGUGAAGGGCGAUACUGGCAACUUGUGGAACCUGUGUCGGGGAGGCCGAUCAGGUCGGACGGAAAUGAGAUCUCGCGGCGAGAGCUGGAGCGGCAGAUCCAAGAGCUCCGGCGAGACAAGGUGAAACUGGAUGACAGCAUCCGAAAAAUGGAAUCCACCCAGAAGCGCAUUUUUGGUGAAGAGGGGGAGAGGGCGAGAUUACAGGCCCUUCAUGCCCAAGAUGAAAAGAAAGAAGAUGGCGAGGAAGCCGGAGAAGACAAGAAAGACGAGGACGAUGACAAGAAGGAAGAGAAGAAGGAGGAGGAAAGCGAAGAGACAAAGAAGCGCAAGCGUGAGGACGAGAUCGAACGCCGAAAAAAGGAGGGACGGCCGACCAAAGCUGACCCAAGAAGCCGCAACCUCUUUGGGAAGCUGUUGGGCCAUCUUCACUCGGCGAAAGACAGGUUGCAGAAGGAGAAGACCAGCAAGAUGGGCGAACUUCAGCAGAAGGCCCUGAGCAGAGUGGAGGACAAGGUCAACCUCAACAAGAUGAACAUCAAGGAGUUCAGAAAAGGACAGUUCGAGAAGCAGCUGCAAGAGGAGCAGGCGAAGGCAGCAGAGAUCGAGAAGCAGAUUGAGGAGAAGGAAGUUCUCCUGCUGCAGCGCCGCCUUGAGAACCACUACUCACUGAUGAUGAACUUCAUCAGGACAGAGGUGCAGCCUACCAUCUUCUUCCUUCCAAACAAGCACACCCGUGACACUGAGAAGCAGCUCGAAGAGUCACGCGAUGCGCUGAAGAACAAGAUCGCCACGCUGAGGAUGCAAUUCCGCCAGGAGGCUGCCAAGGCUGCUGCGGCAGCGGAGGCCGAAGCCAAGGAGCAGGGCGAUUCCAAAGGAGCUGGUUCCAGUGCAGCAGAUAUGGAAGCAGAGGAGCCGCAGCCCGAGGCGGCCCAAGGCUCGAACCAAGAGCCGGAGGAAGAUGCCGCCGCAAGUGACAGCUCUUAG